UCCAAUUAGGGUCACGUGGGUCAACACUAAUGACCCAGGGAGGCAAGAUGGCGUCCGAAGAUGCCGAGAUUUUGUGCAAGCUCGAAACCCUGAAGGAAAUACGGAGUAAGAUGCUCCAGCUGGAGAAGGUGAAGGCGCGUCUUAAGCAGGACGUGGAGACGACAGAACAGGAGAACGUGUGUCUGAAGGAGUACCGGGAGGAGAUGGACAUGUUGUUACAGGAGAAGAUGGCUCACGUGGAGGAACUCAGGCUCAUCCAUGCAGACAUCAACCUGAUGGAGACGACCAUUAAGCAGGCUGAGGUGGAGAGGAACCGCUCCCUGGAGGCCGCCAAGCGUAUGUACGAGGAGGUGUGCCCCCUGAAGGACCACGUGGACCAGCUGAGGGCCUCCAUCGGCCUGGAGAAACUCCCCAGUCUGGAGGAGGAGGAUGAACGGAUCACCCCUCAGUACUUUGAGAAGCAGAAGGCAGAGUGGGCCACGGAUCAGACCGAUCCUCCUAUCCCAGAGUCCCUUGCAGCAGCAGCUGCUGCAGCCCAGGAGCUCCAAGUGGCGCGACAGAAAGGCGACACAGGACGGGGCUUCCGGCAGCAGCCGCCUCCCAUGAAGGCUUGCUUAUCCUGCCAUCAGCAGAUCCACCGUAACGCUCCCAUCUGCCCACUCUGUAAGGCCAAGAGUCGCUCCCGCAACCCCAAGAAGCCAAAGCGCAAGCCUGACGACUAAACACGUGAUUACGAACUCCCAUCCCAAAAUAGUUUCAUCUGGUGCUGUGUACCUGUUUGCUGGACCGAUUCUGGACUUGUAAAAACGUUUAGGUUUAAGUCCGAACACCUAAAAGUCAUGAGCCGAAUCCGGACUUAUUACAAAAAAAUACAUGUCAUGUACCCCUUUUCUUUCCAGAGCACCUAAAGCCAUCCAUAGAUUGCAAAAUCUGUGUUGCAAA